AUGACCAUUAAGAACGGCCGCCUUUAUGGAAAAGUUGCUCUCGUAACUGGAGGAUGUUCAGGAUUUGGUGCCGCGAUAGCAAAGCUCUUCGCGAACGAAGGGGCCAAAGUCCUCAUUGGAGACAUCAACCUUGCCGGUGCUGAUGCAGUCAUUUCUGCAACCCCUGCUGGCUCUGUCAUCGCUCAAGAGCUGAACGUCACUCAGCGUGCCGACUGGGAUGCUGCUAUCGAGCGGAUCUUGAAAGAGUUUGGCCAGCUUGAUAUUUUGAUCAACAAUGCCGGAACAAGCUAUAAGAAUAAGCCGACAUUAGACGUCACAGAGGCGGAGUACGCUCGUUGUUUUGAUGUCAACUGUUUGGGAAUCUUCCACUCUGUCUCAUCCGUGUUUCCCAUCUUCGUGAAACAAAAGGCAGGAAUCUGCGUCAACAUUUCUAGCUGUGGCGCUAGCAGACCUCGCCAGGGUCUAGUGUGGUAUAAUGCCAGCAAAGGGGCUGUGUCUAAUGCUACGAAAGGGCUGGCACUAGAGUUCGGCCCUCACCAAAUCCGGGUGAACUCGGUCUGCCCUCUAUUGUGUGGGACAGGACUCUUCGAGUCCUUCGCUGGCGUCCCUGACACACCCAAGAACCGUGAGAAGUUCCUCGGAAAUGUACCACUGGGCCGCCUAACUGAAGUUGAAGAUGUGGCCAAUUCAGUGCUUUUCUUGUCAAGUGAGGAGGUACCUUAG